AUGCCUCAUCACGGCAUUUACAAGGCUGAUAGUAGUACAACAAAGUUACGCGUAGUUUUCGAUGCCUCAGCUGCAUCUACUUCAGACGUAUCUUUGAAUAACUGUUUGCUAAAAGGAGGUGUUGUUCAAGAUGACUUGUUUUCAAUCUUAUUAAGAUUCCGAAAGCACAAGGUUGCAUUUACUGCUGAUGUCAUGAAAAUGUACAGACAGAUUUGGGUUAAUCCUGAGCAGUGUAAUUUUCAAUGCAUUCUUUGGAAAACCAGGAGUUCUGAGGAACCUUCAUUUUAUAAGCUUCUUACAGUUACAUACGGCACCAAAUCUGCUCCCUACUUAGCUACGAGAGUGCUAAACCAAUUAGCAAUAGAUGAGCAGCACAAAUUUCCUUUAGCAUCUGCUGUAACCUUAAAAGAUUUUUAUGUUGAUGAUGUUCUCUCUGGUGCAGAUGACGUUUCUACUGCAAUAAAAUUACAGCAAGAAUUGAUUUCUCUUCUAAAAGCUUGUGGCAUGGAUUUGCACAAAUGGUGUGCAAACAAUGAAAUGCUUUUAGAAUCUGUUCCAUCUGAAUAUCAAGGUUAUCAGUUUGGUGAUUCUGAUAAAAAUACAAUUAAAACACUUGGCUUGAAAUGGAAUCCAAAGGAAGACUGCUUUGGUUUCAAUGUCACUCCAUCAAUCAGCAUUCCCUCAAAGCGGACUGUUUUGACAGAUAUAGCUAAACUUUUUGAUCCACUUGGUCUUCUAGGACCAGUGACAGUAAAGGCAAAGAUCUUCCUCCAGAGAUUGUGGCUACACAAAAUUGAAUGA